UGCUGCUCAAACAGUGAACAUGAACAAGAACAACAAACACUAACAAACUAACUAAACAUGUUUUCAUCAAAGAGUAAUCAUUUAAAUAUAAUCUAUAACUCAUUAAAUACCAAAUGUAGAUCAUAAAUAUCUAAAUAUGAAGUUUAUUAAUUUGCAGCGUUAGUUUUGAGUGUUUUUGUUUGAACUGGUCCAUUUAAGACCAUUAACUCUGUUAAUUAUUCUCUUCUUAAAGAUGGCGUUUAUUAAAAAGGAGACUGAAGACAUAAAGAUGGUGAUUAUUAAAGAGGAGACUGAAGACAUAAAGAUGGUGAUUAUUAAAGAGGAGUUUGAAGAAAUAAAGAUUGAAGAAACAUUCAGUGUGAAACAUGAAGAUACUGAGGAACAAACAGACCUAAUGGCACUGAAAGAAGCGAGUCAACUUAAUGAAAGGCAAGAAGAGGAAGAACAUUAUUAUAAACAUCAUUUCAUGACUGGGGAAAGAGCAACACAGGCUUCCUCACAAAAAAGAGCCCAAAAGACUGGAACUAAAAGUUAUUUCACCUGCCAACAGUGUGGAAAGAGUUUCACAUGUGAAGAAACCCUUAAAGUCCACAUGAGAAUUCAUACGGGAGAAAAGCCUUACACCUGCCAACAGUGUGGAAAGAGUUUCAGACAUAAAGAAACCUUUAAAUACCACAUGAGAAUUCACACUGGAGAGAAACCCUUCACCUGCCAACAAUGUGGACAGAGUUUCACACAUAAAGGAAGCCUUAAAGUCCACAUGAGAAUUCACACAGGAGAGAAGCCUUACACCUGCCAACAAUGUGGACAGAGUUUUAGUCAUAAAAUAAGCCUUAUAGGCCACAUGAGAAUUCACACUCGAGAGAAACCUUUCACCUGCCAACAAUGUGGAAAGAGUUUCACACGUGAAGAAAGCCUUAAAGUCCACAUGAGAGUUCACACUGGAGAAAAGCCAUAUAUCUGCCGACAAUGUGGAGAGAGUUUCAGUCAUAAAAGAAACCUUAUAGUCCACAUGAGAACUCACACUGGAGAGAAACCUUUCACCUGCCAACAAUGUGGAAAGAGUUUCACACGUGAAGAAAGCCUUAAAGUCCACAUGAGAAUUCACACUGGAGAAAAGCCAUAUAUCUGCCAACAAUGUGGAAAGAGUUUCAGUCAUAAAAGAAGCCUUAUAGUCCACAUGAGCAUUCACACUGGAGAGAAGCCUUACACCUGCCAACAAUGUGGAAAGAGUUUCACACGUGAAGAAAGCCUUAAAGUCCACAUGAGAAUUCACACUGGAGAAAAGCCAUAUAUUUGCCGACAAUGUGGAAAGAGUUUCAGUCAUAAAAGAAGCCUUAAAGUCCACAUGAGAACUCACACUGGAGAGAAACCUUUCACCUGACAACAGUGUGGAAAGAGUUUCACACAUGAAGAAAGCCUUAAAGUCCACAUGAGAAUUCACACUGGAGAAAAGCCAUAUAUCUGCCGACAAUGUGGAAAGAGUUUCAGUGACAAAGGAAACCUUACAGUCCACACGACUAUUCACACUGGAGAAAAGCCUUACACCUGUCAAGAGUGAGGAAAGAGUUUCAACAGAAAAGGAAGACUUGAAAUCCACAUGAGAAUUCACACUGGAGAGAAACAUUAUGCCUGUCAACAGUGUGGAAAGAGUUUCAGUCGAAAAGAAAGCCUUAAAGACGACAUGAGAAUUCACACUGGAGAAAAUCCUUAAGCCAGGAACACGCCAAGCCGACAGUCAGUUGUCGGGUAGUUUUUGUUAGUCGGCCAACUAAGGCUAUGUCCACACAGGCCGGAGCUUACCCUAUCCAAUCUUUUUUUUCCCCCUCAUCUUAAGAAAUAUCUGCGUCCACGCGAAACCUCUGAAAUGAAUCAAAACGAUGUAUAUACAUGCCAGACCAGUAUGUGGCGCUGUAAUUCUACCACAGAGAUGCACUUAAAGCAGCAAAUAAGACUUGGAGCAUGAGCAUAAACCUUGCGCGCUGUAUACAAACUAUAGUAAAGCUUAGAAAUAAUGCUUUAUUUGGGCUCAGUAGCUUCUGCAGCACGAACACAAGCAUCUAGAGUCUGCUAUUCUUGUUGUUGCUGUUUUGUGCCUGUGGGAUUACAAAUUUAAGAAUCUGUUUAAGAUCUGCUGAUCCUACAUCCUGACAUAACCUCACAUGAAAUACUAAGGUAAAAUAUAUUGUAUUUAACAUUUAGAGGUAAAGAUAAUGACAAUUUAAGGAGAUCAAGGCAGGCAGCCCAGGUGUCUGUAACAUUAACCUUUUGUCUUCAUGCACUUCCUGACCAUUUGGCAGGACAAGCUCAAGAUACAGCUCUGCCUUUGUCUCUAUGAUAAUGUAAAGGUAUGGGCGAUACUGUCAGACUGAGUGGAUUAGCACCUGUGCAUUUGAAUGACACCGUUAUGCUGAUUAGAUCAUGGCUGGGAAAUGUAGGGAAUGGGCUGAUUCCUGCACUGCAUUUGCAUGCUUUGUUUAGAUUGUCUCCACCUCUACUCUAUGUAUCCUUCCCCCUUGAAUGUAUAUAAACUACAAUGUACCCUGCCUUAGUUGGACUUGGAUGACUACAGCGACGCACAGCGCGUUCCUCAGUAAAGAGUAACUUCUGCUUGAAAGAUAUCCCAACGUCUCCUGGUCUCUGCUUUGACGAGGAAAAAGUUUCCUACAGUUUUGGUGCCGUGACCCGGAUAGAGCUUCUCACCUCAAUCCUGAUUGAAACUUCAAGCACAACAAAGAUCUGAUCCAAAAGAAGAUCCAAGCUGAAUUUUCCUGUACACCCAAGGGUUGGUGAGUGAUACUCUAUCCAAAAGAAUCAUUAAGACCAGUACAAAGUUGUUAUCCUCUGCGCCGUCAGAGAAGAGUUCAAAUCAUUGUUAGGAAAGCACAUGGACUCAAUAGUGACUGAAUCAGUCAGAUUGGAUUUGACAAAGAAAUUUGGGAUUCAUCCAGAAAAAGUUUGGUCUAUUGAAGAAUGCAAAAAGGUACUUGGUGCUUGUAUUCGGAAGAAAAAUAUGAAGGGCAUUAUCUGCUGCCACAGAGAAUUUACUCUAUCCAUUGCACAAGAACAAAUCCAACGUAUUGCUAAGUUAGAAAAGCAGAACAAACAGUUGCACACUCGAGUGUCUCGUCUCACUCAGAAGUUGGGCCUUAACAAAGCCUCAACCAAAUGUGACUCAAAAGACCAACAGUCAGAUGAAAGCUAUCCUGACUUAGAGUCUUUCUGUAGACUAGAGGGCAAUAGCAAUACUGGAUUCAUGGAUAAAGAUGUAAAUGCAGUUGAAGUGUGUGGAGCGAGACAAAAGGCUCAGAGUAGGGUAAAAGGGGUUGACACAGUUACAUCUGUAACCCCCAUACUGCAGUUACAAGCAGUCAGUACAGCUCUAGGUCCUGAAGGCAUAGAAAGACUUGCUGAGAGUUUGCCAUCAGUGCAGAGAAAUUUUUCUGAGUUUAGGACAGAGUUGUCCAGGAAAAUGAAGCUCUAUGAUAUGUCCCUAGCUGAAGUCACCCAGCUAAUGUCACAAAUCCUGAAAGAGUCAGAAUUCAGUGAUUUUGAAAGUGCUGUAAAUAAUUCUGAGUUUCAGCAUUCCAGCAAAGGUGAAUUGAGAGAAGGAGUUCUGAGAGUGUUACAGAAUCUUGUUGGACCAAAGGUGGACUGGUCAAAGAUCACUAGUUGUGUAUAGAAGAAGGAUGAAACUGUAAGUGAGUACACUGAAAGAUUUUGUCAGUCAGCUGCAGCAUACAGUGGAAUAGCUGACACUCCAGAGAAGGUGUUAGAGGAUAAUGGACCACUGGUCCGCAUGUGGUUUGAUGGGCUUUCAUCAGAAUACAGAAAUGCAUUGCCUUUCUUAGACCUCACAUGGUCCAAUGGAACCCUGCAAAACAACUUGGAUAGGUUAGCUAUUUGGGAAAGAGACUCAGAUGUCAAGACAAGAGUAAAGAUUGCAGCAGCAUCCUUUAAGGUCAACAUAGAGAAACAACAGAAACGUAAAUGUCCUAAGAGAGAAGGCAGUUGUCAUUACUGUGGUAAACCUGGACAUUGGAUGAAAGAGUGUAGAAAAAACAAAAAGACAUUUAAAGAAAUGAACAGCUUUACUCAGCUCCUACUCAGUCUACUUGCUACAUUGAAACUGCCCCUCCCCUCUUCUCCAAACACUUGGAGCAACAGCUUGUUGACAUGCUAACCAUUUGGGCUGUGAGUGCUUAAUUUCCCCAGUAAUCUACAAGAAAGCUGAAAGACUGAUUCUGAACAAAAGAAAGUUGACUGUCACUUCCACCAUUUGGGGUACACUGGUUAAGUACACUCACAGCCUUAAAUGUUAUGCUACAGCACACUCCAUUCACUUAUCCAUCCUCUAUGGGUUAUGAUGUCUGCUAUGACUGAUGUUUUAUUGGAAGAUGGAGAUGUAGCACAGUAAAGUUUGCAAAUUAACUACAGGAAGAGAAUAGGACACGCAGACCAGUGAGGAGCCCAGGGAAGAACCGAAGUGCAUAAGGCCUCGGGGGCCAACCCUGUGGUGAAGACUUCCUCAUAGGUUUCCCCUUCUCAGUUUAUCCCCACCUUACUGGUCUAUAGGUGUCAAAUUGAUUAAGACUAGGUUAAGAAAAAGAAGAACAAAACCACUAUACGAUCACUAGAAGUUUAUGAUGAUCAGAGUUAGACAGAAAAAACUAUACGAUCAUCAGAGGUCUAACGUACUAAAGUCUAUGCAUGAAUACUGCUGGUCUGCUGUUUCUUUGUUUUCUUGUGUUGCAGGUAUGUGUAUAUGCCAUGACGGCUCAUAAGCAGCACCUGGUGUAAAGCAUCACCUCAGAUAUCCAUGUACAACCUUCAUGACAAUAUCUGAGCAACUUGGAACAGACAUGGAAAUGCGUUGGAAAUGGACUCCACAGCUAUUCAGGCGCCAUGGACUUUUAGGACUUCCACACUUAUGCUACAUGGUUUUCUGUGUCAUCAUGUAGUUUAUACAACAUAUUACCACCCUGUGUUGUAUAUGUGUGUCAACAGUAUACUCAAGUUUAAAGAACAACACUUAUGUAAAUGUUGGACACGACAUAGAAUAAGAUGUAUGUGCCUGUAUCUGUUACAAGUUACAUGACUGGAAGAUGGGACAUAUGUUAACAAACAUAGGUUAUAGAAGGGAUUUAAGAAGGUUUAAAUUUGUAUUAUGUGAGAGUUAUUAGAACUCUCAAAGGGGGGACUGUGGGAUUACAAAUUUAAGAAUCUGUUUAAGAUCUGCUGAUCCUACAUCCUGACAUAACCUCACAUGAAAUACUAAGGUGAAGUAUAUUGUAUUUAACAUUUAGAGGUAAAGAUAAUGACAAUUUAAGGAGAUCGAGGCAGGCAGCCCAGGUGUCUGUAACAUUAACCUUUUGUCUUCAUGCACUUCCUGACCAUUUGGCAGGACAAGCUCAAGAUACAGCUCUGCCUAUGUCUCUAUGAUAAUGUAAAGGUAUGGGCGAUACUGUCAGACUGAGUGGAUUAGCGCCUAUGCAUUUGAAUGACACCGUUAUGCUGAUUAGAUCAUGGCUGGGAAAUGUAGGGAAUGGGCUGAUUCCUGCACUGCAUUUGCAUGCUUUGUUUAGAUUGUCUCCACCUCUACUCUAUGUAUCCCUCCCCCUUGAAUGUAUAUAAACUACAAUGUACCCUGCCUUAGUUGGACUUGGAUGACUACAGCGACGCACAGCGCGUUCCUCAAUAAAGAGUAACUUCUGCUUGAAAGAUA